CUUUAAUUUUAACUAUUAAUAUAAGCCAAGUCAGAAGUGGACAGGCUUUUAAUAAUUGUCUUAUUGACCAAAAUAAGAUUGUCUAUAAUAACUUGCUCAAUUAUCCUUUUGUUGAAACCAGUGUGAUAUUUAAAAUUUGUUGCAAUACAACGCAAUGUUAUCCCUCUACUUCUUUAACCACUGGUUGUAAUUCGAUGGAUACUGGAAUUAUGUGUAAAAAAAUUGCUCAACCAGUAUUUUGUCAUCUUGACUUAUGUGGCGGUAUUGUUGGCGAUACUCAAAUAACUGGCAAUACUACUUUUGGCGACUGUCCAUUUGAAAACCUUAGUGUUGCAAUAAAUCAUUUAUCAACUAUUUCUUAUGUCAAUAUGAUUGGCUUAGACAAAGGUUAUGCUCAUUUUACUUGUCCAAAAAACACUGCUUGCCAAGAUUAUAUGUACAACUGGGAUAAUGGUGGCUGGACAUUUUCCAAUAAUUAUAUUUCUAUUUAUCGUGAUUCUUAUAACAUAACUAAUAAAUGUUAUUUACAAUGGCCUGCUUCUUUUCCGAGCAACACAACUACUUCAAUUCAAGGCAUUAUACCUACAACUACAACUUCAGGAAAUUCAAUCACUACAACUAUUUCGGAUUCUAAUAACUCCAAAUUAAUUGUUGGAGCAAUUGUUGGUAGUGUUAUUUUUUUAGUAAUAGUUGAAAUUGCUAUUAUAGUAACUCUUAAAAUUAUUAAUCGGAACAAGACACUAAUAAUACCCUAA